AUGCUGAAGCAGCGGUUGCGCAAGAUGACGAUCGGUGACGUCGCGCGACAAUCGCACGAAUACUCGCACUUCAAGCGCACCUACAAGCUCGGCGCUGAGCUGGGGCGCGGCGGCUUCGGGACCGUAUACUCUGGCUUCAGACAAGCCGACGGUCGCCCAGUUGCCAUCAAGUUUGUAUCGAAGCCGAAUGUGACGGCGUGGAACACGCUGGACAACCGACAGGUGCCGGUGGAGAUUGUGCUCCUCGAACGGUGCCAAGAUGUCGGCGGCGUCAUCCAGAUGCUCGAUUGGUACGAGCGGACCGAUGGCUUUGUGAUUGUCAUGGAGCGGCCAUCGCCGUGUACUGAUCUGUUUGACUAUAUCUCCGACCAUGGUCCUCUACAUGAGGGUGUCGCGCGCAACUUCUUCAAGCAGGUGGUCGAGACAAUGAUGGCCUGCUCCCGAAACGGUGUCCUCCACCGCGACAUCAAAGAUGAAAACCUGGUCGUCGACCUGAAGACGGCCCAGCUGAAGCUCAUCGACUUUGGCAGCGGCGCGUUCGCCAAGGCCGGCUGCUACACCGACUUUGAAGGAACCCGCGUGUACAGCCCGCCAGAAUGGAUCCAGGAGUCGCGGUACGACGGCAUCCAGGCGACAGUGUGGUCGUUGGGGAUUCUGUUGUACGAUAUGGUGUGUGGAGACAUCCCCUUCCGACGAGAUGCCGACAUCAUUGGUGGAUCGAUCCAUUGGCGGCACCCCAUUUCGGAUGCAUGCAAAGACCUGAUCCGGAAAUGCCUGGCCAUCGAGGGUCCAUCCCGUCCAUCCCUCGAAGCCCUUCUCGAACACCCAUGGAUGCAACCCGGCGAACCGGGCAAACCCAUCUCAACCCAUGAGCUGAACGGGGCCAGACACAAGCUCGCCUCGGUACCCGAUCGACUUGCCCACCAAGCCGCACACCAACGAAAGCCCCGACAACCCCAACAUGGAUCUGAACACUCGACCGGAACCACGUCAUCACAACCAAUUGAUGUGGAAGAGCCGAGGAGGGAUGAGGAGAGAGAUUUGACGAUUACGAGAGGGAAUCAAGAAGAGGCACAACCCAUGAAUAUUGACAAGAAGAAUGUUGAGCCGUGCUCCCUGGCGCACUACUCGACCUCGCCGGUGAAGCGGAAGAGCGAGCAGACACGAGCCCAAUAUCUCGCCGCCCAGCAACGAUCCCAGCCCCGACCACUGCCACACCAUCACCACCACCCCCAUCAUCAUCGGACCGGCUCGGUGGGGUCGAAUCUGUGUGCCGUCUCCGUGCUGUCGUCCGGCUCAUCCGGAUACGGUACCUGCUCGACGUCGCCGCCGACAUCGGGCUCGGGAGCCACACAGGGGGCGCUGAUCCUCGGCUCGUAU